AUGUCGAGACAAUUUGAAGUUGAAAAAGCACGAGCUGAAGCUGUCGUAACAGCUGGGGAGAGACGAAGAGCAGCUCUCGCCGAAAUCGACGAAGCCAAAUUCUCAUGGUUCCACGCCAAGGCAUGUAUCGUUGCUGGUGUCGGUUUCUUCACCGAUGCAUACGACAUUUUCUCCAUCUCCAUCGCUGCCACCAUGAUUGGAUAUGUUUACCACAAUGGUGGAUCCAACACCACGAACCAAGAUCUGGGUAUCAAAGUGGCUCAUUCGAUCGGAACAUUCUUUGGUCAAUUGUUAUUCGGUUGGUUGGCUGAUCACGUUGGAAGAAAGAGGAUGUACGGUAUUGAAUUGAUGAUCAUCAUUGUCGGAACUCUCGGUCAAGCCGUCGCUGGACACGCUGCUGGCAUCAGCAUUUACGGUGUAAUGAUCAUGUGGCGAUUCAUCAUGGGUAUGGGUAUCGGUGGUGACUACCCCCUCUCUGCUGUCAUCACCUCCGAAUUCGCUGCCAGACGAAUCAGAGGUCGAAUGAUGACCGCUGUCUUCGCUUCUCAAGGUUGGGGUAACUUGGCAUCCGCCAUCGUCUCUGUCAUCUGUAUCGCCGCUUUCAAGACCCAGAUCCACUCUCAGCCACUUACCAACAUGAAGGCAGUGGAUCAAGUAUGGCGUUUAAUCAUCGGUAUCGGUUGUGUUCCAGCCUGUGUUGCUCUUUACUUCCGAUUGACUAUCCCCGAAACUCCUCGUUACACGAUGGACAUCGAAAGAAAUAUCAAACAAGCUUCUCAGGAUGUCGAUACCUACCUUACAUCCGGUACAUACGUUAACGAUCCAAUCCAUAACAACGAGCGAGCCGAACUUCCUAAGGCAUCUUGGGCCGACUUUUUCAGACAUUUCGGUCAAUGGCAAAAUGGAAAAGUCCUCCUGGGUACUGCAUGGUCAUGGUUCGCUCUUGAUAUUGCCUUCUACGGUCUAGGUCUCAAUUCAACUAAUAUCUUGACUACAAUCGGAUUCGGAUCCUCUACAGCUUUACCAACAAAACAGGAAAACAUCUAUCAAACCCUAUACAAUGCCGCCGUGGGAAAUAUCAUCUUGGCUGUUGGAGGUUUGAUUCCAGGAUAUUACUUCUCGUUCCUGUUUAUUGAUUCAUGGGGUAGAAAACCAAUUCAAUUUAUGGGCUUCUCCAUUCUUACUGCUCUCUUCGUGGUCAUGGGUUUCGGAUACGACAAGAUCCUCUCUACGGGAUCAGGUAAAAAAGCUUUCGUCUUCCUAUACUGUAUGGCGAACUUAUUCCAAAACUUCGGUCCGAACACUACGACAUUCGUCAUUCCAGGUGAAGCUUUCCCUACGAGAUAUAGGUCUACCGCACAUGGUAUUUCAGCUGCAUCAGGUAAAUUAGGUGCCAUCGUCGCUCAAGUUGGUUUUUCAAGAAUGAUCAAUAUAGGUGGUAAAAACAAGUUCCUCAAGCAUAUCUUGGAAAUAUUCGCCUUGUUCAUGUUAACAGGUGUGUUCUCAACUAUGCUCUUACCUGAAACCAAAGGUCGAACAUUAGAGGAUUUAUCCCAAGAAUCUCAAGAUCACUUCGUACAUGACACGAAUGUCUCCCCGUCGACAUCACCUUUGCAUAAAGGUCAAGGGAGCGAUUCGAAUUAUGCGGAAGAAGAUCCUCGAUUAGCUGCUCAAGUAUAA